UUUCGUGUUUAUUUGUGGGAGUUGCGAUUAUAACAAAGCUCAUUGUAAAUAUUGGAUGGAUUACGGUAUUAAUUUGUCGCCAAUAAUACAUAUAUAUAGCUACAGGCAAAAGUGAUGCUUUGACGUGCACAGAUAACGACAACGCCACUAUUUGUGUCGAUGAAAUCUGUAUCAAGGAGAAAUUUUCCACUUACCAAUAAUAUCAGCACCAGUCACUGCUCCGUUUAGUCAUCGAUCAAAAGUCUACUCGUUUCAUGUUGAAUAAAAGCGUUGCAAUUAAUGUAAGUGAUUUAUAAUAAACAUCUAAAAUAAAGCAGCUGUGGAGUUACAUUUAAUUGGUGAACGGAUCGUUCUUGAGUUAAGGACAUCAGUAAAAUAUUACCCAUACUCUGAAUACGAAGAAAAAUCAAUGGAAGAUAUAACACCUCUUACGAAUCUUCAACAGUCAUAAAUACCUAAUUGUUCAGUGAUUAUUUCCUCUAUGAGUUUCCGUUUCUAAAUAUUUCGAAUCAAACAAUAUACAUAUCCAAUUGUAAAGAAAAAAAUGUCCGAACGUCAACCUCUCUUGCUUCAGUCCGAAACAACUGCAUCGGAAGAACGGCAAGUACCCCGCCCAGACAUUCGAAACUCUCCAGAUAAUACACUGGUGAAUGUUCAAAGUGAUGACAGCAUUGGUGUAGACUCAAAUGAGAGUUUAGACAAGUCCUCAUAUAAUCCUUCUUUGCAUCGGACAUUGGAGCAUCCCACCUCGAAUUUUGACACCUUAGUGCAUUUGCUGAAGGGUAACAUCGGAACAGGAAUUUUGGCUAUGCCAGAUGCGUUUAAAAAUGCAGGCCUAUAUGUGGGACUGUUUGGGACUCUCAUCAUGGGAGCAAUUUGUACGCAUUGUAUGCAUAUGCUGGUAAAAUGUUCUCAUGAGCUUUGUCGAAGACUGCAACAGCCGUCACUUGAUUUUUCCGAAGUAGCUUUUUGUUCGUUUGAAACGGGACCUAUUGGCUUGCGACGUUACUCCCAUAUUGCGCGACGCAUGAUAACGACAUUCCUUUUUAUAACUCAAAUUGGGUUCUGCUGUGUUUACUUUGUUUUUGUGGCCUUUAAUAUCAAGGAGGUGGUGGAUCAUUAUUUUCCACACAAUUAUAUAAAUGUGAAAGUCUACCUGGUGCUAAUCUUACUUCCAAUGAUACCAUUAAAUUUAGUGCGCAACCUUAAAUAUUUAACACCUGUUUCAUUGGCUGCUGCAGUGCUCACUGUAUUAGGUCUGGCAUUCUCUUUCUUCUACAUUCUACAAGAUUUACCUGAUACGGAUACUGUAAAGCCGGUUGCAUCAUGGGCUCAGUUACCAUUGUACUUUGGGACGGCUAUUUACGCUUUUGAAGGAAUCGGCGUAGUCUUACCACUUGAAAACAAUAUGAAAAAACCUGAAGAUUUUGGAGGCACAACGGGUGUAUUGAACACUGGAAUGACUGUCGUUGCCUGCCUCUACACCACAGUUGGAUUUUUCGGUUAUUUAAAGUAUGGAGAAAAUGUAAAAGGAAGCAUAACACUUAAUCUACCACCUGAUCAGUUUAUUUCACAGAUGGUGCGCAUUGCCAUGGCCGUAGCGAUUUUCCUGUCAUACACUCUGCAAUUCUACGUGCCUGUUAAUAUUGUUGAGCCUUUCGUUCGCAAUCAAUGCGAAGAGCAACGCACAAAAGAAUUGGCAUCGACAGUUCUGCGGAUUGUAUUGGUUGUAUUUACUUUUCUUUUGGCUGUCUGUAUACCAAAUUUGGGUCCGAUAAUCUCAUUGGUGGGCGCUGUUAGUAGUUCUGCAUUGGCACUGAUUGCUCCGCCAAUUAUUGAUGUAAUCACAUUUUAUCCAGUGGGUUUGGGCAAGUACAACUGGAUAUUAUGGAAAGAUAUGGCGAUUCUAGUAUUUGGCUUGUGCGGUUUUUUUUUUGGCACUUAUGCAAGUUUAGAUCAAAUUCUUAACCCAAGUGCCAAUUAGUGAUAUUUUCCAAGGAACAUUGAAUAGAAAUGAAUCAUUACGGAAUCUGGCAUGGUAUAUAGAUAUAGGUAUGUAAGUAAAAUUUCUCGACCAUAUAAAGCUCUAAGUGUAUAUGUUUUCAUGGUUUGAGGUUAUAUAUUACUAUACAAACAGUAAAAUGUGCUGAAUUUGCUAAUUACUUUGAGCUGUGAAGUACUAUAUGUAAUUAUUGUAAUUUUUAUUUAAAUUGUUGCUAAAUGUUUAUGAAAUGUUGCCCAAAAAAUAAUUUAGAGUACAGAAUUGCAGAAAAGCACAAACACAGAAAACUUAUUCAACUCAAAUUAUAUAUGCAUAUAAUAUUAACUAUAUUUUUAAAGAGUUAAAGCACCAUUUUUUUUUUCAGAAAAAAAAUUGGUUAUGUUUGAUUUAGUUUUUUAUUUGACGCUUUGUAUUUUUGUUUGUUUUUUGUUUUUGUAGAAAUUAUGUGUAGAGAAAAUUUUUAGAUUUUUUAGGUGUAAAAUGUAAAGCAAUUACCGAAAAUUUAUUACCCUACAAACACAAAUAGCUAAGAGAGAUGAGAAAUUCGUCAUGAAUAUUGCAGUGUACAUUCUUUGCUAUGGACAAUAACAAUUAGAGAGCUACAUAUGUUCCAAAAAUAGGGAAUAAUUACUAAAUAAUAAUUUAUUUUAGGUAACCUUAAUAUUACUAGGUCGUCCUAGGUCUGCUACCUAAACUGUCGCAAACAGAAUUAAUGGUAUGUACUGAUUAAAAACCUCGAAGCUCUUCUAUUUAAUUAUACUUGUAUAAACAUUUUUCGUAUCAUCACUCCUUAACUUAAUUUUCGUCAAUUGUUCAUUGCAAUUUUUUAAAUUUCCCAAAAUAAGAUUGGACUUAAGGUCACAUGGAGCAAAGUUUCCCCCUCUUCUUAGUCAACCUUGUGCUAGUAACUUUUCUGCUUCUUCAGAACACCACUAUGGCCCGGAACUCCGUACAGAUUAACACUGUACUCUCGAAUUGCUGUAAACUCUUCUUUAAAGCACUUUGAGUUUGCCUUUAUCGGCUUAAUUAUCUGCAACGAAUGCUAGUUUUGAAAGAAAAAGUUCCUGCCACGUCAAGAUUCACACUGCGCACAAUAUUAGAGUUGUAAUGCAAUACUAGUUUGGUUCUUUUUAUCGAGUAAGUACAUGCAUUUUCACAGUUCUUCACAUUUUUAACUUAUAACCCUCCAACUAUCCGGAGCGUAUUACACCACGUAUGUGAGUUAUCAGGUGUUAGAAAUCGGAAAGGUCUAACGUAGUAAAAUAAUGACUACCAUGAAUCCUAUUAAUGUAAUUAGAUAUUAGCGGUAACGGAAAUUUGUUGAGAUAGUGUUAUCACUCAGUUCCUGAUAAUCAACGCCAUACGAUCUGUUCCACCCUUUUUCUUCGUCAACAAAAUUGCAUUCCUUUGAUAUUAUGAAUGUUUCUUUGCU